AUGAAUCCUAAGUUCAGACAAGCUAUACUAAAAGUAAUACAAAAACUAAUAGUUGAAAGAUCUAUUAUCAUAGAAGAAAAAGCUGAGAAUAUAGUGCUGAAUUAUAAAAUAUUAAGAGUAUUUAAGAUAAUAUGA